CUUCUACACCUUGGAUGUCCUUCAGCCGACAUACGUGCGUGAGAAAUCGGGAUAUUGACGUUGUUUGUGGCCGUCGAUAGAUCCUGGGAUAGAUCUCGUCAUUCAUUCUCAGAGGAUGGAUAUCGAUGUCCACGAGAGCCUCAACUAUGGGUCAGGAACGAAAACGAACAACUGCACACUUGUUAAAGCGACUCCUUCGUCAUCUUCACUUGAUUGCUCCAUGAACGAAUGGUGUGUGUUGCAGGACGGCACUGAUGUGGUUUGGAAGCAAAUACAGCCACAGACAGAUCUAUGCAUCUAUGUGUUGCCUUCGCCGUCACUCAUCUGUUGAUCUCUCCGUGGUGUGUGUAAUGUAUGUGCAUCCUGAUGGAUGGCAGGUUCUUGGCCUACGCGGCGGUGCUAUGGAAGCUGCAGACGGACCGGAGUGCCCUGGGGAUGUCACUGCAGACGCUCUUCGCCCUGGUCUUCACCGAAAUCAACAAUGUCAUCCUGCAGGUCAUGCUCAGCCACAAAUACAAGUUCCCACUGGGGGCGGCCUUCUAUGUCUGCGACGUCGCCACCACCGCCCUCUCCACCUUCUGCUUCUUCUACGUCUUGAAGCACUUCUACGCCACCUACGAGAGCACCAAAGACACAUUCGGGCUCAAAUUCUUCCGGGCGGUGUUUGGGGCACAAGUGGCCCGGUCGUCCUACUGGCUGUUUCUGUACCUUGUGGCCUUCAUGCUGGCCGUGCCUCUGUUCCUAUUCCGGCGCUCGCCGCUGCCGGGCGCUUUCAGCAUAUACGAGUGCUUCGACGACGCCCUGCUGGCCGUGGCGCUGCUGCCGCAGCUGUACAUGUUCUAUAACAAGAGGCCGCGCAAAGUGAGCGGCAUAUUGGGCAACUUCAUCAUCUUCCUCCUCAUGGCCCGGCUGUGCGCUCUCACAUACUGGUAGGUCAAGACAGCACACACACACACACAGGGAAGCAGACAGCGAUGGAUGGAUGGAUGGAUGGAUGGAUGGACUCAGGUUGACUUAUCCGCUGUUCAAGCGUGGAGCGAUUCCGUCGAGGGGUCUGCACAUCGCCACUGAGUCGCUCAACAUUCUCAUCCUCAUCGACUUCCUCUACUACUACCUGGUGGCCAAGGCCAAGGGAAUGGCCGACAUCUCACUGCCUAUAUGAUGACACACCUGGCUGGUGGCGGACGGAGGGAGGACCGACCUGUCAGUCUGAAGAUUGGCUAUCUAUCGGUGGAUUGGCUGAUUGAUUAGUGGACGGAUGGGUGGCCAUGGGUGGACGGGACGGGCCGGUGUGGAUAACCACGUGUGUGUACUGUGUACAGCCAUCCAGACCAUCCAGAGAACAAAGACACAGACAGCCAAACAGACAUACAUAGAGCCCAGGCCUAUUUGUCCGGUACGUGUGUGUGUUGAUGGAUGCCUUCUCUGAUGUGAUGUGCGUGACGUUGCCCAAUUAUGUAUGUCUUGUGUCAUGCAUGCUUUACAUUAACCGUCCUUUUCGUGUG